AUGCCCGGCCUUCAGGAGAGUAAGCUUGCCUUCAUCGGUGGAGGCAACAUGGCCUCUGCCAUCAUCGGUGGUCUUGUGAAUAGAGGCAUCGACAAACAGAACAUCUACGUGUCGGAGCCCUGGGAAGUCAACCGAAGCAAGCUCGCCACGAUUGGUGUACGAACAACAACCGACAACACGGAAGCUGGUGGUGAUGCAGAUAUUGUCAUCAUCGCAGUCAAGCCCCAGGUCACCAAGGCAGUGUGCGAGGAGUUGGGUGCAUCAUGGACCCAGCGCAAGAAUCUCCCCGUCCUCGUCAGCAUUGCAGCGGGCAUUACCCUCAGCAGUCUGCAGGAGUGGUCGCGGACAGGUGACGGGCGAUCUGCACACGUUGUGCGGGUGAUGCCCAAUACCCCUGCCCUGGUGAGCGAGGGCGCAUCCGGCGCAUUCGCGAGCGCAGAUGUGUCUGCUUCCGAAAAGGACCUGGUCAACUCUCUACUCAGCAGUGUCAGCAAAGCCACCGAAUGGGUUGACAGAGAAGAGCUUCUCGAUGUCGUAACCGGUCUAUCAGGCUCCGGCCCCGCCUAUUUCUUUGCUCUUGUAGAACACCUUGUGACCAGUGCCAUGUCUCUUGGCUUGACGAAAGAGCAGGCUACACGUCUCGCCUCUCAGACCUGUCUUGGCGCCGGAAAAAUGCUUGUCGAGUCUUCCGAGGAGCCGGGCCAGUUGCGCAAGAAUGUCACCAGCCCCAAUGGCACUACAUAUGCUGCCCUUCAAGCUUUCGAAGCCGAGGGCCUUGAACAAAUUGUGGACAAGGCAGUCAAAGCCGCCGCUUGUCGUGCUGCUGAGCUGGGCAAUACUCUUGCCAAGUAG